AUGGAAGCUUUAAGCCGAAGGAACUUGAUUGUUGGAGAUGGUUUAUGUGUUCAUUGCGGUGAAGUGAUCGAGAAUGGUGAUCAUAUAUUUACAGCUUGUCGAUUAGCUCAUGGCGUGUGGUGCGGUAUAGUGGCUUGGUUGAAUAUUCCUCCUAUGUUCGACUUUUCGUUGAAGGAUGUGAUGCAAGUGAUCGAUUAUAUGGAUGGGUCGACCAAAAAAAAGGAGAUAGUAUACGGUAUUCUUAUUCUGGCGUGCUGGCGUAUUUGGAAUGCGAGAAACAAGAAGGUUUUUUCAAACGGCGACUUGAAUGUGGUUAGGAUUGUGGCCGACGUUAAGUCAAUGGGAUUUCUUUGGUAUAGAUGUAGGGCUAAAGGUAAUGUAAUCGAUUGGAAAGGGUGGUGUAGUAGUAGUUGGUCGUGA